AUGGAUCGUCGUAAGGAAGCAAAUCAGAGUCGUGAGGGGCUUCUACGAGAUUAUGAGGAUAAUGGACGAACUCCAAUUCGUAAAUCAUUCGAAGAUACCUAUCGACAUUCCGAGGAAUCUGAUAUCGACGCGACUGAUCACCUCGAUACGAACCGUCAUCAAGCUUCGGUUUCCGCAUACAAAGCCAGCACUCUACUGAAUAACCUACGACAUAUCUUCGCUCGAAGGUCAAAAUGUCUGAUAAUAACAUUAGUCGUCGGAGUAGUCAUUUGGUCGGUUCUUGCAGGAGGAGGGGUUUGGUUAUACAAGAAAGCACCCGCGACUGGACUAUCGCCGCCAUGGUAUCCAACACCACCUGGAGGCACAGUAUCACAAUGGAGCGAAAGCUAUAAGAAAGCCGCCGCAUUGGUCGAGAAAAUGACAUUGCCGGAAAAGGUGAACAUCACCACAGGCACUGGAUGGCAAAUGGGACUCGCUGUCGGCAAUACUGCACCUGCAUUGAAUGUAGGUUUUCCUGGUCUUGCAUUACAGGAUGGUCCUUUAGGUUUAAGAUUUGCCGAUAAUGCGACGGCUUUCCCAGCAGGUAUUACUGUUGGAGCAACAUUCAAUAAGGAAUUGAUGUACAAACGAGGCAAGGCACAUGGUCAAGAAGCUCGAUUGAAGGGAAUAAAUGUGCUCUUGGGACCUUGUGUUGGUCCAUUGGGUCGUAUGCCCGCUGGUGGAAGAAACUGGGAAGGAUUCGGCACGGAUCCAUAUCUCCAAGGUAUUGCAGCAGCGCAAACCAUAAAAGGAAUUCAAGAAGAAGGCGUUAUCGCUACAAUCAAGCAUUUUAUUGGGAAUGAGCAAGAACAUUUCAGACAAAGUUAUGAAUGGGGUCUUCCCAAUGCUAUGUCAUCUAACAUUGACGAUCGCUCCCUUCAUGAAUUGUAUGGCUGGCCCUUCGGAGACGGUGUUAAAGCUGGAGUAGCUAGUGUUAUGUGCAGUUACCAAAUGGUGAACAAUUCAUACUCUUGUGGAAAUUCAAAGCUCCUCAAUGGCAUCUUGAAGGAUGAACUUGGAUUUCAAGGGUUUGUUCAAUCGGAUUGGCUUGCACAGAGAUCUGGUGUAGCAAGUGCACUUGCAGGACUCGACAUGACCAUGCCAGGAGAUGGCCUCAUUUGGGACAAUGGUAAAUCAUUAUGGGGUCCUGAGCUAAGUAAAGCAGUCCUGAACGGAUCAUUACCUGUUUCGAGACUCAAUGAUAUGGUGACGAGAAUUGUAGCGUCCUGGUAUCAGUUAGGCCAAGAUGAUAAAACAAAAUUUGAUGGCGAGGGUCCUAACUUUUCCUCGUGGACUAAUGAAGAGAAGGGAUAUGUUAAUGCCGGUAGCCCCGAUGAUAAGGAUGAGAAAGUUGUCAACAAGUUUAUUAAUGUCCAAGGCUCGGGAGCCGAAGCACAUUCGAUCAUAGCACGUCAAGUGGCCACAGAGGGAACCGUGCUAUUGAAGAACGAAGACAACUUACUACCUCUGAAUAAAAAUGGCUGGAGCUCGGAGGAAAAGCAUGAACUUGUAUACAGAAUUGGAAUUUUUGGCGAGGAUGCAGGAGAAGGUGAUGGUCCAAAUGUGUGCGCAGAUAGAGGUUGCAACAAAGGUACUUUAGGCUCCGGGUGGGGUUCCGGCGCGGUUGAAUUUCCUUACUUGAUUUCUCCAAUAUCAGCACUGAAGAAAUCGUUCAGCACGGAACAUGUCUACAUUACAGACUUCCCCACAAAUUCACCUCCGUUACAAGAGGCUCCUGCAAUCAUCAAAGAUCAAGAUAUUUGCAUCGUCUUCGUUAAUUCUGAUGCGGGAGAAGGAUAUAUUGCCUAUGAAGGCAUCCGUGGUGACCGCAAUGACCUGAAUCUACAACAUGGAGGUGACAAGCUUGUGAAGCAAGUCGCUGAAGGUUGUGGAGGAGGGAAGGGUAGCACAAUCGUUGUCGUCCAUGCUGUCGGGCCAGUUGUUAUGGAUGGAUGGAUUAAUCUUCCAGGAGUUAAGGCUGUACUGAUGGCAAAUCUUCCAGGGCAAGAGAGUGGAAAUGCAAUCGCUGACAUCCUUCUUGGUAAUGUCAAUCCAAGUGGCAAGCUACCAUACACUAUCGGGAAAUCUCUCGAGGAUUAUGGCCCUGGUGGUCAAGUUUUGUAUUAUCCAAAUGGCCUUGUUCCACAGCAGAACUUUACCGAAGGAUUAUACAUUGAUUAUCGCCACUUUGACAAAUAUAAUCUAGACCCUACAUUUGAGUUUGGCUUCGGACUUUCUUAUACUACUUUCGAAUAUUCGAACCUCAAGGUUGAUGCAGUUUUGCCCAAGUCAUCUUUCCCUGCCGCUCGUCCAGAUGCAAUUACCCCACCUGCUUUCGAUGAUAAGAUUCCAGACCCCAGCGAAGCGCUAUUUCCAUCAAAUUUCAGGAAGCUAUCUAAAUUUAUCUACCCAUAUAUUGAAAAAGUCUCGGAUAUUAAGCACGGAAAAUACCCAUACCCAGAAGGUUAUAACAUCGAACAAAUUCCAUCGCCCGCUGGUGGAGAUGAGGGCGGUAAUCCCGACCUCUGGACUGUUUACGCCACUGUGUCGGUCGACAUCAAAAAUACUGGUAGUUUCACUGGUAAAGAAGUAGCACAGCUAUAUCUCGAAUACGAUAAAAUUGGUGGGGAGGCUGCGAAUGUAGAUUUUCCAGUUAGGGUCUUGAGAGGAUUUGAGAAAGUCGAAUUAGAAAAGGAAGAAACGAAAACAGUUAAGUUUGACUUGACGAGGAGAGAUUUGAGCUAUUGGGAUGUGGUGAGGCAGCAUUGGAUUAUGCCUACCGAGGGAACUUUUACCAUUAGAGUGGGUGCUAGUUCAAGGGAUUUGAGGGUUACGGGAUCUUUGUGA